AGUAUGAACUGUCAACUGGUGUGAACUAAAAGUGAACUAAAAGAUGAAUGUGAUGAAGAUUAUAGAAGUGCCUGAAAUUAAUUAAAUGAUUAAUAAAUAAAUAACAAAAUUACACUACGAAAAUAACUAUUAAAUGAUGAAGACGGCGUUGAUGGUGGCUGAAAAGCCAUCUUUGGCGCAAAAUCUCGCUACUAUACUAAGUAACGGCAAAUGCAACACCAACAAAGCUUCUAACGCAGCUUGUGCGGUGCACGAAUGGAAUGGCACGUUUAAAAAUGAGCCGGUACGGUUUAAAAUGACAUCGGUAUGCGGCCAUGUGAUGAGUCUAGAUUUCACCGGAAAAUACAACAACUGGGAUAAAGUAGACCCGGUAGAACUAUUCAGCUGUCCUACAGAGAAGAAGGAAGCCAUGCCGCGCUUAAGAAUACCAGCUUUUUUAGCCCAGGAGUCAAAGGGCUGUGAUUAUCUUAUUCUGUGGUUGGAUUGUGAUAAGGAAGGUGAAAACAUCUGUUUUGAGGUAAUGUCAUGUGUUCAACAUUCUAUGAAAGGCGACGUCCUGUCCCCCUUAGUGACGUAUCGCGCACGUUUCUCAUCCAUUACGGAGAAAGAUAUUAAGGCAGCCAUGUUGAAUCUCGUUAGACCUAAUGAAAACGAGUCUCGCAGUGUGGACGCAAGGCAGGAACUUGAUCUACGCAUUGGUUGUGCUUUUACUCGAUUCCAGACUAAAUACUUUCAGGGUAGAUAUGGUGAUCUGGAUGCGUCCCUGAUUUCCUACGGCCCUUGCCAGACCCCAACACUAGGCUUCUGCGUCCAACGUCAUGAUGAAAUACAAACCUUUAAGCCAGAGACAUACUGGGUAUUGCGAGUCACUGCAUCCACUUCCGAAGGCCGAGAGUUGCCGCUCGAAUGGAAGAGGGUUAGAAGUUUCGAGAAGGACAUUGCUAAUAUGUUUCUAGCUGGUAUUAAGGAAAUUAAGGAGGCCUUGGUGGUGUCGAUUCAAGCGAAGGAAAAAGUAAAACCGAGGCCAGCUGCUCUAAACACUGUGGAACUGAUGCGCGUGGCCAGCGCUGGUUUGGGCAUGGGACCUCAUCAUGCUAUGCAGAUUGCUGAGCGUCUUUACAUACAGGGCUACAUUUCCUAUCCCCGAACUGAAACUACGAGUUAUUCUGAGAACACUGAUCUCAUUGGUACACUGCGACAGCAACAGAACUCCAACAAAUGGGGUGCGGAGGUGCGCGCUCUCAUACAGAACGGCAUCAACAAGCCUAAGAAGGGCCACGAUGCAGGCGACCAUCCCCCCAUCACUCCUAUGAAACCUGCCUCGGAAUCGGAACUAGACGGCGACAUGUGGCGCAUCUACGACUACAUAACGCGACACUUCAUCGCGACACUGUCGCGCGACUGUCGCUACCUGAGCACCACCAUCACGUUCACAGUGGGCUCCGAGACUUUCUACUACACCGGCAACACGCUCGUGGACGCCGGCUACACCGAGAUCAUGCAUUGGCAGGCAUUCGGCAAAGACGAGUUCGUUCCACCACUGAACGUAGAUGAUAUCCUGCGAGCUCACGAUCACAGACUGGUGGAGUGCCAGACUUCUCCGCCCGACUAUCUCACUGAAUCUGAGGUAAUCACCCUCAUGGAGAAGCACGGUAUAGGCACGGACGCGUCCAUACCGGUGCACAUAAACAACAUCUGCCAACGCAACUACGUCAACGUCGGCAGCGGACGAAGACUGGUGCCCACUAGCCUGGGCGUUGUGCUCGUACACGGAUAUCAGAAGAUCGAUCCGGAACUCGUAUUGCCAACCAUGCGGUCAGCAGUGGAAGAGCAGCUAAACCUGAUCGCGGUGGGUCGCGCGGACUUCCACGCGGUACUGACUCACACUGCGGAGAUAUUCCGCAGGAAGUUCCAGUACUUUGUGCGGUCUAUCGAGGCUAUGGACCAGUUGUUCGAAGUCAGCUUCUCCUCGCUGAAGACCAGCGGCAAAGCUCUGUCGAGAUGCGGGAAGUGUAGGCGCUAUAUGAGGUACAUUCAGGCAAAACCAGCGCGUCUCCAUUGUUCGCAUUGCGACGACACAUACUCUCUGCCACAAAACGGCACAGUGCGUAUCUACCGCGAGCUGAAGUGUCCACUGGAUGACUUCGAGCUGCUGUCCUGGUCUUCCGGCAGCAAGGGGAAGAGCUUUCCGUUAUGCCCGUACUGCUACAACCAUCCGCCGUUCAGGGACAUGAAGAAAGGUUUCGGUUGUAACUCGUGUACACAUCCAACGUGUCCGUAUGGCGUCAACUCGACCGGAGUUUCCGGCUGUGUGGAGUGCGAUGGUGUUCUCGUUCUCGACCCCUCCGCGCCUAAAUGGAAACUGGCUUGUAAUCGAUGCGACGUGAUCAUCAACAUCUUCGAGGACGCGUCGCGCGUGGCGGUGUGCGAGGCGGCGUGCGGCGCGUGCGGCGCGCAGCUCGUGAGCGUGGAGUACCGCGCCGAGCGCACGCGCCUGCCCGCUGCCUUGACCGAGAUGACCGCUUGUCUCUAUUGUGAACCCAGCUUUAGUGCUCUUGUGGAGAAACAUCGCGCGGUGUCGUCCAGGGGCGGCGGCGCGCGCGGCCGCGGCGGGCGCGCGCGCGGCAAGCACCGCAAUAAACAACCCAAGGACAAAAUGGCGCAACUCGCCGCAUACUUUGUUUAACUACCCUACAGUUUAUUUUGAUCUUUACCCGACUACGGCAGACCCAAAAGGAAGGGUUAUGAUUUUAGCAGUCUAUGUAUGUACGUAUGUACAUAUUAUGUUUGUAUCAGAUUCCGUGGUGCCUAAAUUACGGGUCGAUUUUAAUUAACGAGGUGUCAAUCAAUUCGUUAUUAUAGUCCGGGUAACAAAAGUUACAUUUUGGAGCUUGUAUGAUUUCAGAUGUGACGUCAUAACCUCACCUCGUCUUCCUUUCGUCGUCCUUUUAAUUAAAUCGAUAAUUUAGUAGAUAAUGGUUAGUAAACUUAAAACUAACACUGAACGUGGAUUUAUCGUAUUUUUAAAGUCCCUCUAUUUUAUAACUACUAAGACUUAGGUGCUAUCGCAAUACGAGCUAUGUCAACAAUAAAUUUUUUCUUAGGAAUUAUUAAAUAGUGUCUUCCAAAAUGCUAAAAUCCAUGUCCUUUGUUAGUUUUAAGUGUAGUAACCAUUUUAAAUUAUCGAUUAAACUAAAAAAGCACGUCAAAUUAUUAUGACGUCACAUGCCAGUAUUUCAUAGAAGCUCCCAUACUAAGGGCGUUGUUUUGACGUUUGAUUAAAACAUACUUAUUUGACUAAUUGUCAAACACCGGAUUCUUAUUGUUUUAGUAUGACUAAUAUUAAAAGUUUACUUAUGAUUUAGGUGAAAAUGAUAUUUUGAUCCUAUUUUAAGACAAAUCAUUUUAACUUAUGUAUAAAACUGCCUAAAGUAUAUUACAGAGCUGUUCAUACCGAAGUGUAUUUAGUAGUAUACCUAUUAUUAUUUAAAGUGAAUGUAUUUAUUUAUUUUACACUGUAAUUUUGUAUGGUUAAUAAACUAGUACUAAUUUA